ACCCAGGUCUCUCACCCAGGUCUCUCACCCAGGUCUCUCACCCAGGUCUCUCACCCAGGUCUCUCACCCAGGUCUCUCACCCAGGUCUUUCACCAAAGUUCUCUUACCAAGUUCUCUUACCAAGUUCUCUCACCCAGGUCUCUCACAUGCCAAUUCUUUCUCAUCCGUCCGCAAUACACCAUUAUUUCCCAUUGCAUAUGAAAACAUGAAAACAUGAAUACUCAGUUGGCCUGCCAGUGCCUGCCCAAGUAACCCAAUUGAUUGAUCAAUGAACGAGUCAGCUGGUGACGGGUGACGGGAACUGCAUUAACCCAAACUUACCCCACGAAACGCAAUUCAAACCCUAGUAUCUAUCUAUCGAGAUACUCCAGAGUCCGCACUUCGUAUUCAACCAACACACUCAUCACUUCAAGGAUUCCCGGAUAAUGACAAGAACACAUACACCAUGAACUUUAAACCACAACCCAUAAUCCAUCCAUCUUCAUAUUCGAAGAAUGAAUGGCCUGACCACGUGCCCCACCAUAUUCUUUUUCCCCCGUCCUCUCUUUUUUCCAUGCCUACCUACCUCGAGCUUACCUGCCACCUUAAACCUAGUGAAAUCUUGCAUACUCGAACUUACCACAAAAGUACAUCGCAUUCACUUGGCUAUUGGUAAAAUAUCAAACCCCCACCUCCACUUCCUCGCUCAUUUAAUACCGAGCUGGUCCUUCUUCUUCGUUCCCAUCUUCGCCGAGAUUCGAAGCAGGUGGGCUGUCAAUAUUAUCAUUUUGUUAUCGGAAUCAAAUGUCGGCUUCCAUGGAUAUCCAACAAUCACCUAGAACGUCUCUACGUUCUGGUGCAACUCAACCCGAGAGUGAUGGAGACAAUGACCAAUAUUACAGCGGGGGGGAGGAUAGCAUUGAUGCAAAUGGAGACGGUCCUCGCAAAAGGCAACGUCGGCCGAUGUCAGUUUCGUGUGAGCUAUGUAAGCAAAGAAAGGUCAAAUGUGAUCGCGGUCAACCAUCAUGUGGAUGGUGUAGCCGCAAUGGCGCUGUAUGUGAAUACAAAGAGCGCAAGAAACCUGGAUUAAGAGCUGGUUAUGGUCGAGAACUAGAACAAAGAUUGGAUCGACUCGAGGAAAUUCUACGCUCGCAUGCUCAAAUACUAGAAUCAUCCUUUGGUCAAAACAGCAAUAGUGUUGCCAAUAGCGUUCCGAGCGAUCACGGUACACCACAAAGUAUUCAUAGCUUCAGACACAAUGAAGGGCUGUCUAAUCAUCGUGGAGGGCAUGUUGCCAGAGCAGAGACAGCCCUAUUUCUUCAAAAGCCUUCUACGUUUGGACAACAAAAUACACCCAUGGAUUUUGGUAAUCCAAUGCCUCCAACUCCCUCGAUGCCAUCUAUUCACGGCGAUAUCUUCCAUCAGCAACAUACCCCUGUAUCACAAGGAUCGCACCUAUCCAUGGAUAUGCAACAAAAUCACUCGAUCUCAACUAGUCAAGCACCAGAUUUUUAUAAUACGAAUCAACCACCUCUACAAUCACCUAGCUUAAACAUAAACCAAAACCCAAACGAAGUCUCUUCCGAUCAUGCUUUACCGCCAUAUGAUUUGCUAUAUGCAUUAGUUGACCUCUACUUUAAGUAUGUUAAUACUUGGUGUCCAAUAUUACAUCGAAGAUCUACGCUGGAUUCACUAUUCGGUCCAUCUGCUCUAGAUGAAGCAGACAAAAUACUUCUACAUGCCAUUGUAGCUACCACAUUAAGAUUUUCUACGGAUCAACGACUUACAGAAGAAAGAAGACGACAUUAUCAUGACAUAUCUAAACAGAAGGUAUUGUUGUAUGGAUUGGAAAACUCCUCCGUAAAAGCUCUACAGGCUCUGGUUAUCUUGGCUUUGGAUCUCGUAGGCAGUAGUAAUGGGCCACCAGGAUGGAAUCUAUUGGCUUUAAUUACACGCUCAGUAGUUCAAUUGGGACUUGCUGUUGAGACCACUUCCUUCUCUGUCUCGCCAAACUAUCCUUCAAUUUAUACACUUCGCGCAAUGGUCUUGCCAGAACCGGAGAAUUGGAUUGAGGAGGAAUCACGGAGACGCCUUUUCUGGAUGGUAUACCUCUUGGAUCGAUAUGCCACAAUCGCCACAGCUUUUGAAUUUGCCCUGGACGAAAAAGAAAUCGACAGAACUCUACCUUGUCGAGAUGAUCUUUGGAAUAAAAAUCAGACUGUGGAGACAAGAUGGUUCCGCACGAGCGAAAGGAAAGAGUACGACAUUGAUAAACCAGAGAAUCUUGGCGCAUUCUCGUAUUAUAUCGAAAUCCUUGGAAUUCUCUCAAGGAUUCAUAAAUUCUUGAAGAAGCCAGUAGAUAUCAGUGCUUUGUCCGACGUUGAACAAUGGCAAGGCGAAUAUCGAGAACUGGAUAAUAUGCUCACUUCGUGGAAAUUCAAUCUGCCUGGGGAUUAUGGAAACAUGGCGAAGCUUUUUCAACCAGGAAGCAAUAAAUCCAUCAAUUGUGGCUGGGUUAUGCUACACGCGACAUAUCACACAGCAGUAAUACGACUUCAUUCAUCCGCUGCUUAUCCUACAACUCGAUCACCUAUUUUCACCCCUUCGUAUAGUGCGAGUCAACGUUGUCAUGGUGCUGUUGAGAAUAUUGCAGCUUUAGGAGAAUACGUAGUCCAAAAUGGCAUGCUCCCAAAAUUAGGCCCACCAUUUGCAUUCACCCUCUGGGUAGCUGCCCGCUUACUCCUCGUCCAUGGUUCAACCAUCGAACACAAACUCAGUCCUCAAAUCCAGUUCUUCGUUGACACACUCCGAGAUAUGGGUACCUACUGGCUCGUGGCUGAACGCUACACAACUAUUCUUCAACGAGUACUUGACGAACAUCGUGAUAGCGAAAAUGCCGCCGGUACACAUGGUGAACGUGUAACUCCAUCUUCUGUCAAGAUCCUUGCGGAUAUGAGAAGAUGUGCAUAUGAUUUAGAUUUUCUAAUCUCGAGACAACCGAAACAUGUUGGACUUUCACGAAUGCCAAGUAUCACUCCGGCCAGAACUCCAGCGCCGAAUGAGUUGGAGUAUUUGGAUGUUUUUGAUUUCUUCAAUGUACCCAGAUUACCGGUUGCUCCGGGUGAAGCUCAGGGGAAUGGUAAUGGUGGGAAUGGUGGGAAUGCAAACGGAGCGGGUGAUCUACAGAUGCCGGAGAUGGGAAACAGAGCUAAUGAAUUCAAUAUCACGAAUUUUAUGGUGGAUCAAAACUCAGAUUGGUUCAAGACUCUGAAACAUGGUAUUGAUGGGGGUCAGAAUAAUAGUUGAGUGGAAUGUCUUUUUGGCUAUAAAUUUUGGGGUUUGGUUCUCCAUGAUAUGUUUUUUUGGAUCAAAUGGGAAGGAAAGAAGAGAGAAGAUUACGAGUAUUCUUGGGGUGAAUUUUCAGCCUUGCGGCAGCGCCUGAGUGGGUAAAUUAUUUAGAGGAAUACUCUUGGGAGGAAUGAUCGAAUGUAGAUAAAUGCAAAGGAUACGGCACGGAUGGGUAGGGAGUCGAAGGAUCAAUAGGGAAAAUGGGAAAACCUACGGGAAGAAAUCGGACGUCAGGGGAAAUAUUUGAGAAUCAAAAAGCGAGGAUACCAUCGAUGGAUAGAUGGUCUCGUUGUUGUAGAUACCUACUAUUUAUGUAUGCAUAUAUUAGAUAUUAAUUGUAUUUACACAAGGCA